ACAGGAGUGUUUUGUUUAUCUCUCCUUCUAUUAUGGUUUUGUUUGUGCACAGAAAUGGAUUCGUUGCUUCAUAAAAGCUUUUGUUUCAUUUAUCACCGUUACCCUGCUGUGGUUAUGCAUUCAGAGACGGAUAAGGACGCCAGAGCAAAAAGGAGCUUCAUGGUUCAUACCACCGCUUGUCACCUUCACCACAAGGCCUCACGCACCGUGAGAGACAGAGAACGUGACGUUCGGAGGUCACGUGUCUUCCAAGAACCGCUCAUUUGCCUGAAAUGUGUCUCUCACACCUUCUAUAGAACCCGGUCUCUGUUCCGUUAUCGGCCGUCGCUGUCCUCCGCGCGCUGCACCCGCUCUUUGGUUUGGAACUCAACACACUCUUAACCUGAACUUAAGUUAUUGUUAUUUUCCAUGACACGCGGAUUCAAACGCGACAUGGACGUUUCUGUUUUAUUCGACGUGUUUAUUGUGUAGCUGCUGCUGCUCAGUGACCCGCUGUAAUCCACGCGGUCCUUUAGCUUUGGUCGACAAGGUCUCCGCCGUCAUCCUCGCGCGCGCCCGCCUGCCAAAGCGCGCUCUGUGAAAGUAGGAAUUAGAACACGUUGACGUCGCGGGGAGACUCUGCGGAGGACAGCGUGUUGGACUGGAAGCUACAGAGAGGCGGAUCGAAGCCGCGCGGGAUCCCGACUGGUCCCCCCCCCCGUGCGCCGGGCACCGAGGAGCCCCGUUGCGCAGUCUUUACGCACAGCCAAGGAGCCGGACAGGGGCCGGAGGGGCGUUUUGGGGGGGGUUUAGAGGGACGCCACCAUGUCAGCGGCAACCGCUUCCAUAGCAGAUGUUCCCCGGACGGAUUCUACAGCCGGAGAGGACAACCGGGACCGGAGGAGCAAGUCGGGUCGCACCCAGGCUCAGUGCACCCUCAGGCCCCUGCCGGCCCUGGGCACCCAGAGGAUCAUCCAGGGGAACGGCACGACCGUGGGCACGGUCAUCUCCCUGCAGUGCCCGGCCAAGCACAAGCUGGUGGGAAAGGAUAUGAAGUGUGUCAUGGACACCAACAGCACCCACUGGGUGGGGAACACCUACUGUAAACCCGUGUCUCCCUUCGAGGACUACGGGUUCCGCGUGGCUGUGCUGGCAUCCAUCGUGAGCUUGGCCGUAAUCUUCUUCAUGUCCGUGGCCUUCAUCACCUGCUGUCUGCUCGACUGCAUCAAAGAGGACAAAAGGAACAAACAUGAGAGAGACUCAGAAAUGUGGCAGUGGGAGGAGCAGGCCCAACAUGGUGGCGACGGCAGGCCUCGCUGCCGCCAAGAGGGCUGGAACAACAACAACAACAACACCACCCAGGAGAAAGCGCAGUCCCUGUGGCACGCCGGGAGCCCGACCACGUGCGACAGCGUGCAGCCCUGCGGGUGUCAUCAGCAGUACGCGCUCGGCCCCGCCGGCACCUGCGGGCCCUCUCCCCCGCUUUCCACUCUCCCCGGCUACGACUACGAGCGGCCUCUCUUGCCCAGGAGCCCGGGACCCGCGAGCGUCUCCGGCGGGCUCGGCCACGACGGACCUCCUCAGUCCCUUGGUCGGGCCGCGGGCCCGGGCCCGGGGCGGCGGCAGCACGGAGGACGGCGGAGCGGCGCGCCGGGAGGCGACCCGUCGGCCGCGGCGGAUGAGUCCGGCUCGUGCAACGUGAAGGCGGCCAAAGAGUUCUCCAUCCGGAUCAUAUCGGUGUGAGGAGAAACAUCGAGGAAGAACUCGUUUACUGAGCAAACACGUCGGUCUGUGUGCGCCGGGAGAGAUAACUGAGCAUUCCUGACCUUUGUGAGAAGAUAAAACCUGCAGUAUGGAGGCUUUAUAGGCUUACUAGUGACAGAUGUAUGUGCCUUUUUAACGGCAUACUGCCCUCUGUCUGCAAAGGGGAGCUAUUGCACCUUCAGUAGGCCGACAGAGAAGAUGCUCCCUGUAAAUAGAAGGUCCAGGGACCUCCAUGACCUCAAAUGAGCUUUCCAGAGAAUCAGGAACAUUUAUUGCCAAAGUAUGUUAGACAUACAAGAAAUUUGACACGGCGGUUGGUGCAUUGCAUCGGACAAUAGAACAAUGACACAAUGGACAACAAGACAAACAGAUUGUUUUGUUUGGGCUAAAGUUAAUGAUCAAGGAACAUCUAUUUGAAGCAUUUGAAAAAAACUCCUGUUUGUUGGUUGAGGAAAGCAGCUGGAAGGCACCAGUCAAAUGUAAAUAUCAUUUUUUUUUAAAGAAUGUAAGUGAAUAAAGACUAUGCAUCGCA